UGAGGGUGCCUCGUGAUUCAGUGUGUUUAUGUAAUGUGUAUGCGAUGUGAGUUGCCACUCCCUGUGAAUCUUUAGUGUUUGUAUUAGUGGAAAUCUUUACGGUGAUAAUAAUUUUUAGAUUAUAUUUUGAUUUAUUUUUUUCGUCAGUUAGCUCAAUCAAUGUUCUGAAAUAACCAAUUUCUUUCAAGAGCAUAUUUAUCCUUAAGCAUCCAUAAUGACAGUAGUCUUAAUGCGCAAUCUUUUAGUUAUACUACUGACUUGUUUUAAUUACCUAUCUUUAUAAUUGUGUGUGAAUUCAUUUCAGAUAAAGUUGCAUAUUUAGAUUUUUCAUCAUUUUCUUACCGAAGCAAAGAUGAAAGUGAAACUCGUAAUGACACUUUCGUGGAUGGUGAUAGUACUUGCUUUGGCAACUAACGAAACUGGUGGUAUUGAAAAACUUCGGGUUCCUAGAGUGGUCGUUCGUCCUGGUCCCAGCCUGCACCAGACUGAUCUCUCUCCUCCUCGAGUUUCAACGAGAAUUAUUGGUGGAGUAAACGCUCAAUCCGGCACUGUAGCAGCUCUGAAUAGGCCUGGUCCGGAUAAUGUGGGGGUCCGAACCCCCCCGAUCAUUAGAGCCGGGUCCCAAGUACCUACGCGGCGCUGUCUGAUUUACAAUGAGUUCAAUUUGUGCGUCAGAUACGUAUAGUGCCGCAAAGACCUUAAUUACUUAGCACAACUUGAUUCUAGAUGUUAUAAAGUGUUUAUAUGGAGAAGUUCUCGGCAGACGAUACAACCUAGUGUACAUGGCUACUGUGGUUAUUUGAAAAGAAAAUAUACUUUAAAUAUUAAUGAAAAGUCCAGUGCUUCAUCUAUAACUUGAUAAGGUAAAAGGAUUAUGAUUUCGGUCUUUGCGUGAUUGUUCAAAUACUGCUGACACUGUGGAAGAGAAAUCUGUUUUAGCACUUAACAAAAGCGAAGUUCUGAAUUCGUGAAAUAUAUGUAGUAUAUAUUGCUUCUAGAAAGAGUGUAUCAUACAUUUUGACAUAGUGGUUAUGUGAAUAAUUGCAGUGUCUUGUGUAGACGUCUAGAGUUAAAUUCAUGUAAAUUGUAUGUAACAGCUUUUUGUUAGAACUGCAAACUGGAAUUCAAGAGCUAAGAACACCUAGUCAUAUCUAUAAGAAAAUUUGAUCUAAUAUUUAUGAAACGGAGGCGACACGUACAAGUAUUUUUAAUGCGUGUCUCUGUCGGUAUCUCAUCUACUGUACACACGUGUAAUGUUUGU